GCUGUCAGUGCUAGUUGUUGACCGUGGCGAUGUAGCUGCUACGAGCGAGGCUAGACAGGCAGUAUGGCGGAGGAGGGCUGUGUGUACGAGUUAGAGGGGCUCGACAAACAAUUGCAGAGUUUGUUGCGCCGCUACUCAAGUGAUGAACUGCGGACCGAUAGUAAAGCGUUCUGCUCUGACUUUAGCAAGCUGGUGGAAGAGUAUGCCUCUCGCUGGCAGGUGCCGCUGCCUCAGCUCAGGAUCCUUGAGAUAAGUCUCUGCCACUUCACUCGAGCCUCCACCUUCUUCACACCAAACUGUGAUCACGUGCUCCACACACUCAGCAGUCUGGCUUUGAGCAUUUUUGAGUUGUUGCUGUUCAUUGACCAGAAGGACUUCCAUCAGGAGCCGCUGAAACAAUUCACUGUUACAUUCCAGGAAUGUCACAACUUGGCCCUCGCGAGGCAUCAGAAUGUUCACUUACUUCAGGUGGAGCGUUUGGUUCAAGGCGGUGGGCCUUGGGCCGGCGCAGCCUUACAGGCAAUCCUCAGUGAGUCCAGUUUACCUCAGAGUGAAGUGGAUGGGUACAUCAGCUCUGAGCUGCCGGUGUUCUUUGAGCUCCGGGUGCGCUACCUCUUAUCCUGUGAGCGGGUCAGCGAGGCUAUGUCCCUGGCUAAGUGUUGUGCUCAGCAUCCCACUGCAGGGCAGCACUUGUUCUUCCUCCAGGUCUACCUCACGUGGCUUUGCAAAACUUCACAGCAUGACCGCCUACAUAAAGAGGUGGCUGAAUUUAAUGGAAAAGAUGCAAUUCACAUCAUCUGUAGUUUGGAGUGUGAGGAAAAGGAUGAGUUGCUACUCGCCCUCAGCAGAGCCUUCCUCUCUCAGCAGCUCCGCAGGGGAGACAUGUACUAUUUGUGUGAUCUUGUCUUCAUAUGGAGUAAACUUCACAGUCGGUUGAAUACGUCCAAGCAAGCUCUGCUCGAGGAUAGUCAUCAGCUGAUGCUCUCUGCCACCAAUGUCAACUCAAUCUUCCCAUUCAUCAGAGCCAUACUUCAGGAGCUUGGUGAAGAUGGUGUCCAGUUCUGUGUGGAGCUUUGUGCUAAUGCCCUGGGGUCUUGCUUUCCCUGUGAUGUCAUAACCAAGUCCCUGAUCUACAAAACCAUUGCUGGCCUGCUUCCCAAUGACCUGGAGGUUUGCAGGGCAUGUGCUCUUCUUGUCUUCUUCCUCGAACGCACUGUUGAGACAUACAAGAUGGUGUACCUUCUUUACAUGCAUCCAGAUCAGGAGUACCAUGUGGAGUACAGCCCAAUCCCAAAUCAUGUUCGCUUUGAAACCCUGCAGGUCUUGAAAAAGGACCUGUAUUUUGACCCAGAGUUUUGGAAUCUCAUUGCUUUGCGGACCAACUGUUUGAAGCUGAUGAGUGAGAAGGUGGUCAGUGCUGCCCUUGAAGAGAUCAUGGAGGACAAAUGGAUCCUGAGCUAUUGCACCAAAGAACCUGUUUCCCGAUCAAGCACAUCAGUAUGUCAGAGAGGACGUAAAGGGGUGGCAGCUAAAAAGCGGCACCUCAAAGAUGACAGCCAUCAUAAAGAGGACACUGCAUCCAAGAGACUUAAGGUGGGUCAAGGCAAAACACAACUAAAUGUUGACCACACUGGAAAGAGGAAAGGCAACCAAGGGGCACAACCUUUGAAGGAUGCAUCAUCCAAGCCUUUGAGGCGUUCAUUUUGGCAGCUAGACAGACUGCAGGACAAUGGUGAACUGAGGCGCACUACUCGACUCUCAGAGAAGAACCCGCCAAAACGGAGGAUUAGAAAACCCAGGUGGCUUCUGGAAGACUCGGGAACUCUUGGAGAGAAUAAUGUUCUUCCAAACAUCAAAAAGCAUGGGUUGAGACAUCAAAAGCACCAUCGGUCCUCUGUCAUGAAGAGGCCUCAUAGUGGUGAGCUCAAGAACAAUGCAAAACACAAACCUUCAAUAAAUUUGCAUUUAAUGGCAAGGGAAAACAACAGCAAGCCCCAGAAAGGAUGUUCUUUGGACUCUGUUAAACCAGCUGCCUUGCCACAGGUAAUUCUUGAGCUCUCCCUUCCAGACAAUGAACUCAUGGGAACAUUUACUGAGGACUCUUGCAGCAGACAGAGAAGUAUCCCUCAAGUGCUCCUUUACAGACCUACGGUGAAGAUUCCUGUCACAUCACAACCUGUAAAGACUGUACAUCGCAAAGAGGUGAUUCUUAGAGCGCGGGAUGCAACUAUGCUCAUACAACAGUUGCACUGUUAUACUCGACGGCAAAAAGGAAAAGGUAACAUGUCGAAUAUUCAAGGCUCAGUAUCAACAAUCACACGUUCCUCCGUGCAAGGAAGUCCUCCAGUAGAGCCAGAGAAAGAGUGCUGUGAAAGGCCUGCUGCUGAGAUGAAAGGUGGCGUUGCCUCUCAGACACGAGCAGCAACUGAAGUCACAAGAUCCCCAGUUUUAGAAAAAGUCCCUCAGGCUCGGACUACAAAAGCAGCCUCUAGAAAGACAUUUUCAGGAGGAGAGCUUUCUGAAAAAUCUGCUGCUGAGAUGAAAGCUACCAAAGCGUCACAGAAAACAGUAGCAACUGAAGGUACAGAAACUCCAACUUUGGAUAAGGUCCUGCAAGCACAGUCCAUAGCUGCAGCAAGGGAGCUUUGCGAAGAGUCUGCUGUUGAGAUGAAAGUCACUAUUGCAUCAACAGCAGCAAAAGUGACUCAAUCUCCAGGUUUAGAUGAGGUCUCUAAAGCUGUUAAAGACACUUCAAAAACCACAACUUCAGCUGAGGUCAUGCAAACCGGAACUGUGGACAACAAUCAGAUGGUAGCUACUGAUAAAACCUGUCCAGUCUCAAGUAUGACCAACAUUUCAAACACUGGAGCUGCUGAUCCCACAGCGUCACAGUCUCAAGAUGUUCCUAGAGAUGGUAUGCAAGAACUGAAGUCACUACCCUCUCAGGCUGAAACUGGCAAAAAUCCGGUAGCUCAGGCCACAGCAGACAUUCCAGAGGUGCUCACCACUGUCAGCAAGAACAUUUCUGAGGUGGACAUCACAGAUGUGUCACCCAAACUCACAAAAGGAAAUGUGUCUUCUGAAAAUGACUCAGGUGGGGAAACUACUUAUACACUUAAAGAUCAGGACAGUAUAAAUGACAUAUCUGCUCUGACUUUAGUAACAGAAAUGGUUACUGAACUUGAACCUGAGGCACUUAGUCGAGAUCAGGAAAAUCACAAACAGCCAGUUCCAGAGGACGGUGCUUCUAAUGAGUCAACAGCAAGAAGUGAAUCUAAAGUUCCUCGCAAACGCACUACCUCCAGCUGCUCUGUAGUAGCUGAUGUGCAAGGGAAGAAAGAAGCAACUCAGGAUAUCGAUCAAGAAACACCUGAAAACAGUGAACUACCGCAAUCAGAGGAAUCCAAGUUGGAAUACUGUUGUACCUUCUGCAACAAGGACUUUAAGGGAAGUCGCGUAGUUGCACAUGCUAUGUUCCAUUAUCGUAAAGACGAGUGCAUGUUCUGUGGGAUGAUCUUCAAAGAUGACCUCUUGGCCAUGAUGCACCUGUCUGACCAUAUUGAGAAGCUAAAGAAGAUCAAAGAGUCAACUGGUAACAGAGCUCAAGAAAAGUCAGUCUCUGGGGCCAAAGACAUUUUCACACCUAAGACUUGCGCCAAAGCAAAGACCUCAACUGUGUCUUCUGGGCGCCGUUCUAGUGGGAGGCUGAAGAAAUCUACUGACUCUUCCAAAUCUGUAAGCCUUCCAGAUUCAACACCAUCUGGAUCUAGAACGUUAAGAUCCAAUGAAGAGCCUGUAGAUAGUCAGUCUUUACAUGAAAAGAGACAACAUCCAUCAAAGCACCUUAAUAGCAAAACUCCUGUUCACAAGGUGAAUGGACAUAUUGGCAAAAAGAAAGGGCUUGGCAGACCACGAAAGGACACAUUUAACUCAGAAGCUAAGCAGCCUCCUUCACAGCAGAUCUCUAAAGAAAGAACAAAUAAUAGAGCCGAGCAUUCCAGGUUGCAAAAAAACAAAGAUAAAGAGAUGAAUUCCUCUGCAACUUCAGUGCAGGUAGAUUCUUCCGCUCAUCAUAAAAUGAAGGAGAUGGAAUCUCAGCGGGUCCCGAAGACAACCACAAAGCAAAGUGGGAAAGUUGCUGAGGAGAAAAAUGUUGAGCCGCAAGAGAAACUCUGCUGUCCUGCAGAGGGUUGUUCGUGGUUUACAGACCUGUCAAAGAACCGUGUUGCACUCCUUUACCACGCUCUUGAAGAGCACUAUGGUGAGGUCAAACCUCUAAAACUGGCGUUCCAUGUAGGAAACAACAAAUGUAGUAGUUGCAUGAGGGUUAUGUGGAGUUUCAAACAUUUUCAACACCACGUUGAAAGACACAGACUCACUCCGCGGCAUCCUUGCCUUCAUCAGGGGUGUUCUGCGAGGUUCAAAACUGGAAUGGAAAUGAGACGCCAUGCCAGGAGGCACAGUCCGCUGCAGGCAGUGUGCUGCCUCCCUGGUUGUUCGCAGCUAUUUAUUUGUCUUUGGGCACUGAACCUUCACGAAAGAGAGCACUAUGCUUCCAAAUCUUCUAAACCAGAUAAGUAUACAAAUGAGCAAACAGGUGACAAACAUGAUAACACACCGGAUGGGAAGAAAAGGACCGAUCAUAAGCCAAAAGAUGCAACUGCUACCACUACUGAAAAGACUGUGAGUGAAAAGGCUGUUCGUAAAUUGAGAGAAGCUACACAUAACUCAUCAACAGAGAAACAUGUCCAGGCUCCUCCUCCCACCACUGUCAGUGCGUCUCUGUUGAAAGAGAGAAAAGAGUCACAUGUCUUGAAGAAUCUCUCUAAUAAGGACACAUCCACACAGUCAGUCAGCCCUAAUCUGAGAUUAAGGCAAACAUUACGAAAAGGAACAAAUACAAUGAAAAGUGACAGAGUCAUCUCAUCGUCAUUGUUAAAACACAAUAUCAGAGUGCGGCAUAAGUUCAAGAAAAAGCAGGUCAACGUGAACACAAAGUUUCCAAAAAGAAGAGGGCGUCCUCCCAAGUCAAAGGAAACGGUGCAUGAUGAAAACAAGACCACAGGUCAAAACAAUCAGGCUGUUAUAAUAAAAACUGCUCGGCGUGGUCGCCCUCCAAAAGCAGCAGAGACAUCAAAUAUGACAAACGCAAAACAAAAAAAGGAAAAGAGUCAGCUGGUCCAAGAUGUAGUCAAAACUACGGAAACAUCAAUCAGUGAACCAAGGUCUAAGAAAUCAAUGAACAGGCAGGUGAAGAAGAAUCAUGUCAAACAUAAGUGGAUUUCACGUGGUUCCUCUUCAGCUAAGGUGUCAGCUGACAGUUUAAAUCAGUCAGUCAGCUCAACCUCAGCAGACAAAACACAGAAGGUAACAGCUGACCAAAUGAAGAAACAGCAUAAAGUGAAAAAACGCUCCACUCCUAAAGAAAACAGUAGUCAACCAGCUUCCUCAGACUCCAGCAAGUCAAAGAAACCCACGGUUACAGAUAACGAAGCCAGCACAAAGAUUGUUAAGAAAAAAUGUCCUCUCAAAGAACCAGAGCCUGCCUUGAAAAAACCUGCCAAGCCGACAUCUGAUGUCCCACAAGUCGAGGCCAAAGCAGCUCCAGCUGUAGAAAGUUCUGCCGAUGAGGGAAAAACCAAGGCAGAAGACACCAAUUCAACACAUAGCAGCUCGGGUAAUGCUGUGCCUGCUGUCCCCACGAACAGUUCAGAUGUGAUAACUGCACCACCCACCAUCUCAGGAGAGAAAACACAGAAGGUAACUUCAAAGAAAUUACACAUAAAAAAAGAAGGAAAGAAAGAAAAGAGUACGGCUUCUUCAGACUCAGGCAAGACAAAUAAGAAGCACAAAGAUAUUAAUAAAAAAAGGGACAAGAAAACACUCGAGGGAGGGCGGCCAUGCAAAGAUCCAAGCAAACCACCUGCUUUGAAAAAGAAAGCUACGUCAAAAUCUUCAGACCAACAAGUGAAGGCUAAAGCAACAGCAGUAGUAGAGGGCUCUUUUGAUGUGGACGGAAAAGCAAAAGAAGGAACAGAUGCAACAGUCAGCAGCUCUGGUUCCUCCACCCCUCCUGCCACAGAUAGUGGCUCAAAUGAAACAACCUCGCAACUCACUGCCCCAGAAGAGAGCACGGAGAAAGGAAUAAAAAAGGAAAAAUCCAAGAAAUCUCAUGUCAAAAAAGACUCGGACCCCAACAAGGCAAAUAAGAAGCGCAAGAAUGUUCAAAAAGAAGGUGACACAAAGAUUGUCAAGAAAAAAUGCAAAGUUCAGCCUAAGGUGGAGAGCUCUGUAGGUGAAGACGGAAAAACUGUAGUGGAAACAAAACCAGUUAACAGCUCUGGUCACUCUCCAACAAUGAACGGACAAGCAGCAAGUGAAGAUGCAAAAUCGACAGUGUUGAUAAACACUCUUGCAGAGUAUGGCAAGAAGCCAUACAUGCGUCCACCACCCACAGCAUACCUGGAUGAGAAGUACAUCACCAUGCCAAAACGAAGGAAGCAGCUGUCGUUCCUCCCGUUGUUUCAGAGAAACCCGGCUCCUCAGGAGAGCUGUGUUAUGACAGCUCCGCAGAGACAUCGAUGUGCCAACUGUUUUGCUACGUUCAACAGUGCUGAGGAGCUGCAGAGUCAUCAGCAACUGCAGAAGUGCUCAAACGUCUUUGGAUUCGACUCGGAUGAAGAGGGCAGCACUUGAACAUUUCCAAUUGAGUCCAAGUGAAUUGACGUUUUGGAUGCAUGACAAACUGACCUGUGGACCUGCGUGGAGCCCCCAAACAGAUCAUACCUCACUGGAUCAGUGCUCUCUGGAUGACCUGUUCAUUACUGUGGGCAACGACUGGUGCGUCUGGAGACUUGGAACUGAAGGGGUUAGCUGACAUUUCAGUGCAGCAUGUGCCUGUAGCGCAAGGCCCCGGGGAGCGGCCAGAACACAAAAAAUAGCCAAUCAAUAAAAGACAUCUGAACUGAAUCUCAGUCACUGUUAGCGGAACAGCUAGUACUGAAGUGCCUGCUCUGGAACCGCUGUGCUGUUUCCAGCUGCUUCACCUGGAAUGGAGAUUAAGGAUUGUGGUUUAAAGACUGGACUUUUGAAAGCUGUGAAAAAAAAAAAAAAAAAACUGACGCAAGACAACAAGGCUGCUCCUGCUAUCACUCGGACCCAUAUUUUUCACGUCACUAAGCCAUAUUAUGCCAUUUUUUUUUUUUGCUUUUUGCACUCUUCUCACAAGAUUUAUCAGUUAAUUUCUGCUUAAACUCUCAAAGGGAUGGGGAUUGUACGAUGAAUGAAGCAUCUAAAAAUCAUGCUUUUUUAAAACAUCCCUAGGUUACAUCUAAUUUUCUAAACUUUGAAAAGUUGUGAGAUUGCUGUAUCAGAGUCUUCUUUGGGAAAAUGUUAUGUAUAAUUCUUGUUUAAAUACUAAUUGUAGUUCUUCUACAGAGUUCCCUAUGGGCUUGAGUAAGACUGUGCUUGUCCUCACCAUCAGUAUACAGUAGAGGGCAGUGUGCACCAAUCUCUUCAUUAUGUUAACAGAUUGCUUUUUUCCUCUUGCAGAACACAAGAUGUUACUUGCUCGUUUUUGCAACAGACUGAUUUCUACCUACAAAACUGCUCUGCUGUAUUUAUCACUGGACAGGCUCACAUCCAUCAUGUUGAAUUUCCUUUAGCAAUAAGUACGACCUACCACAAAAUGUGCCAGUAUCCGCCUCAUAUUGUGUUGGAUUCUGUCACCAGUCAUGUUCUGCCUAUUAUAAUUAUGUCAGUGGAACAACUGACACUCUGGCUUAUAUUAUAUUUUCUCACUUACACAUAGAUUUUAUCUUUUACUGAACUGUCCAAGACCAUAGAAACAUUGUGAUUUCUCUUCUAGGCUGUCUCUUUCUUUUGGAGAGAAAGUUGUAAACAGCCACAGUUUUAAGUGUUACCGGGCGGCCGCACCAGUUUUUCAUGAGCAGCAGCAGGUUAUAUUUAUUUAUGUUUUAUUUUCUAUCUUUUGUAAAUAUUUGAAGAGUUUCGAUGGCUUAUUAUAUAAGGGGGUGUUGGAGCCGGGUUUAUAUUUUGUUCUUGAGGUUAAAAUAAAACUUAUUUGAAAUGGCA